GCCAAGGCAGCCAAGAGCAAAUGGAAAUUGCGGUCUACUCAUACAGGAAGGUCGCCCUCAGCUUUUGUUGACCGUUUAUUAAUCUUCUCCUGAUCUACUCAUGAUCUCCUUUUAAUCAUCCUCUUGUGGGGGGUUUUCUCCUGAGAUCUGCACUAGCACCAUUUAUAUCGCGCUACGAGAGAACACUAUGAAAUCGUAUUAGGCGCGAGAAAAGCGUUGUGGCUUGCCUGUAGCCUCGCAUUCCGGCUAAGACGCGCGGUGCCUGCGUAGACCGUGGCUAUAUAAUACAGACUAUGUCCUAUAAUAUGCACCCUCGGACUCCUCGCCAGAGCUACACCGAGCCACAGAGAAAAUCCGACAACGUGCAGUAGUGAUCUACAACAUUUUGAGAUAUCACUGUGAGUCGGGUUAUGUUUACCCAGAGUCUUAUGAAAUAUUAGACGAACUCUUCGCGACUCGCUUUCCAAGCUCCUCAGUGGUUUUCUAAUCUCCCCAACCCCGAAGAGAACCCCUAUAAUGAACUGUGCGCUAGCCCCCCGGCACUCAGCUUGAGGAGCUCGGAUGCUGCGUUGUCCAAAUUAAUUGGCAUCAUAUUGUGCUGACUAUAGUACAAUUCUACCCUAUAUAGCCGUGUCAGACUCCCUUCAAGCGAGGUUGAGAGAAGGUUCACUAUAUCUGUUUCACUACUCAUGCGGUUGGAAGAUGCAAUAUGGAUCCAAUAUAAGCAUGCGGCACAAACGCAUAUGCGGCUCCCAGCUUAUUACAUCCAUAUUGACAGCCAAUCUCCGCCCAUAGCCAGCCCAGGCCUUCGGCCAACGAAUCUCAUACGGCGGUAGGUUGCAAGGAAUGCGAAAGGCCCCCAAUUGUGCAAGCAUAUUCUGCCAAAUCUACCCUGCACGGACGCAGUACCCCGAUGCCGGUGUCACAAAAUAUCUAGACGCAUAUAAAUAACUUCGGCCCUUCUUACUGAUGUGGGUAUCUUUUCUCAAUUGCUUUCUCCGUGGCUUUUGUAGAAUCAGUCUCUUCUCUCAUCCUCUUCAAAGCAAAUAAAUAUCAUAUAUUUGUUCUUCUCUUUCACCAUGUUGGCCAGCGUCUCCAAUAUUCUUGUGGCAUCUCUCUUUGCCACUACCGUGGUUGGUUCUAGUGUCCACCGUCCUGAAAAUGGCAACCACGGCGGCGACGCUGUAGAUGCCAUCUCUGCUAAGGGUCUUGCCAAACUCAAAGCAUGGACUAAAAGCAACCCUCCCGCAGGCAACUGCACAUUGGAAAACGCCGUCAUUCGACGUGAAUGGUCGGCCUUCUCUCGCCAAGAACGCCUUGAUUAUAUCGAUGCUGUGCUCUGCCUCCAGAAAACGCCACCCACCACACCCUUGAGCAUCAUCCCCGGCGUUCGUAGCCGCUACGAUGACUUCGUCGGAACCCACAUCAACCAAACGUUGUUUAUCCACUCCACAGGCAACUUCCUUGGCUGGCACAGAUAUUACGUCUGGACCUACGAGCAAGCCCUGCGUAAUGAGUGCAAUUACCAGGGGCACCAGCCUUACUGGAACUGGGGGAAGUACGCUCUCGACCCCGUCAACUCCCUCCUCUUCGACGGGUCCGAUGAAUCCCUCAGUGGUGACGGCUCCUACUUCGAGCACACCCCCGUUGCAGUCGCCGGUGCACCCCCGCCAUUCGAUGUAAUCAUCCCUGGCAACGGCGGCGGCUGCGUCACAUCAGGCCCCUUCAAAGACAUGGUCGUUUCCCUCGGACCCGUGGCCGGCACCCUAGACGGCGUAACACCAAACCCCACACCCGACGGAUACAGCUACAACCCACGCUGCCUGCGCCGCGACAUCUCCGAGAAUGCCGCCGUAUCCACGCGCACCAACGCCACAGUCUCGCUGCUGACCACACGCGAUAACAUCUCCGACUUCCAGGAUUACAUGCAAGGUGUAUUUGCUGAGGGCAUCCUCGGGGUGCACGCCGGGGGCCACUUCACUGUCGGUGGUGACCCGGGAGGUGAUUUCUUCGCGAGCGCUGGAGACCCGGCGUUCUGGUUGCACCAUGCUAGUGUUGAUCGGAUCUGGUGGAUCUGGCAGAAUCAGGAUCUGGCGACGAGGCAGAAUGCUAUUGCGGGGCAGACGCAUAUGGCGGGUGAUGGGGUGCCGACGACGCUGGAGGAUGAUCAGUUCUUCCAGGUCAAUGGAAAGGUGCCUAAGUUGAAGGAUCUCUUGGCGACGUUGGGUGGUGCGGAUGGGGAGUUCUGCUAUAUCUAUCAGUAGUACGGCUUGGUGUGAAGGGUUAAAAGCAGGGAAAAUAAUUUUUUGAUAUGCCACCUAAUGACAAAGUUCUCAAAAACUCAUAAUGUCCCUUUGUUUGUGUGAUGUCCAGUAAAUUAGAAAUUAUGUACCACUCCAGCUGAAGCGCCUGGAAUGUGUCAGGGGG